AUGUGCCUGGACACGAAGGAGACCAAGGCAGCGGAGGUCCUGUCGAUGGAGGAGCAGGUGCGGAAACUUGACGCCCGGCACCGGGAACAGGCGGAGAGGUUGCAGAUGCUUCAGAAGAUGGAGAAGCAAAAGAUGAUGGAGCUGCAGACGGCUGAGAUCCAGCGCGAGUUCUGGGAGGGAGAGAUCACCGACGAUGAAGACUCCAUCGGCCAGUACCCUUCGUCCCCAACGUCCCCGCAGGCGAAUCGCUCAAGAGGUUUUGAUGGCACCACGGGGAUGCCUUCUUCCUUGACUUUGGCAUCGCCUCCUUGCAACAUGCCUAGGCCCUUUCAGACCGCUGUGCUGCUUCCUCUGGUCGUCAAUGGCCCGGAGCACAUGUCCGCGUUGAACCAAGGCUUCAACCACGGAAGGAUGCUGCCUCCCGUCCACACGCCGACUGGGGGUUCCGCUUUGGAGCGGAACAUGCAGUUCCAGAACGUGAGCAUUGAGAUGAAGGAUGGGUGUGGCACAGAGAUUGCCCUGGAGCGCGUCUGUCGGCACUCCCGCGGCAACAACUUGCGCAAGAAAUCCCAGCGGGCUGCGCAUUCCGAUCAGUGGCAGGACAACACUGUGACAGUGAUGAUGAGGAAUAUUCCGCCGCACCAUACCCAGCAGAAGCUCGUGGAUGAGUUGCAUGGUCGUGGCUUCGAAGGGUGCUACGAUUUCUUGUACCUUCCGCACAACUUUGAGCUGAACAUCAACGUGGGCUACGCCUUCAUCAACUUCACAGAGCCCAAGUACGCCUCGGCGUUCUAUCGCCAGCUUGACGGACAAUGCCUCACCAAGUACAUGAGGCAGAAAGGAAAGUUCAUCCGCGUGCACCCCGCUCAGCUCCAGGGAUACGAGGCCACCUACGACCACUUCAUGCGCACCAAGAUUGGGCAGAAACAGGACCCAGCCUUCUCGCCGAUCUUUGCCGUUGCCAAGAAGGCGCAUGAAGGAGCCCCCCGCCGCGACGGACAUGCCUGA